AAGUGGCCACACCGGAAGCCGGGGGGCGGGUCCGGCCGGCCGUGGGGGCGUUCUCAUGAUGGUUCCGCGGCAGCGGACCACGGCGGGUGGCGAGGAGCGCGGUGGCGGAGGCAGGUGAAGAGGCGGCUGCGAGGCAGGAAGCGGCCUCCGAGGGUCUUGAAUGGUGGAGCAUGGACCCAGUGGCUACUCACAGCUGCCAUCUCCUCCAGCAACUGCACGAGCAGCGCAUUCAGGGUCUGCUUUGUGACUGUAUGCUGGUGGUGAAAGGAGUCUGCUUUAAGGCACAUAAGAACGUGCUAGCAGCGUUCAGUCAGUAUUUUAGGAACCUCUUUCAAAAUUCUUCAGGCCAGAAAAAUGAUGUUUUUCACUUGGAUAUUAAAAAUGUAAGCGGCAUUGGGCAGAUCCUGGACUUCAUGUACACUUCUCAUCUAGAUCUUACCCAGGACAAUAUACAAGUAAUGCUGGACAUAGCACAGUGUCUGCAAGUUCAGAAUGUUCUCAAUCUGUGUCACACAUAUCUAAAAUCAGCCGCUGUAGAACAGCCACCUGGCAUGCCCUGCAACAGUACAUUCUCCCUGCAAAGCGCCUUGACUCCUGACACUAAUUGUGCCAUGAGUGAGAACUACCCUCCGCAUUUGCUGCAAGAGUGUUCGGCCGAGGUCCAGCAUAGUAAAGUUUUGGAGGCAUCGCAUUCUCAUGCUCCACUGUCGGUUAGUCCUCAUCAUUCUUCAGGUGAAACAUCAAAACAAGCCCCUGAUUCUUUGGAUGGCAGCCGCACAGAACUGCCUUGCAAACGGCCAAAUCACUACUACAAACUCAGAAACUUUUACAGUAAGCAGUACUAUAAACAGGCCACUGGUCCCAGUCAUGAGAGAGCUACUGAGCAGCCUUUCACUUUCAGCACGUCUACAGACCUCAGUGCCGCAGAAAGCCAGCCUUGUGCUGUCAGUCAUUCCGAGUGUGUCCUGGAGUCCUCUGAGCACUUGCCUUCCACCUUCCUGGCCCAGCCAUUGAGUGAAUCUGCUGCAGGCCCUGUGUCAGACAACACAUGCCAACAACCUACCAAACAGAUGAGGCUCAAAAAGGCCAUUCACCUUAAGAAGCUGAAUUUCCUAAAAUCACAAAAAUCUGCAGUGCCAAUAUCUGAACCCAUGUCAAAUGAUGGAAGAACAAAGAGGAAAGAAUCUGCUAGUGAAAGUACGAUGGAGAAAGCUAGCAGCCGAAGUGCUGAAGAAAAAGAAGGUGAAGAACUCGUCAAUUCUGACAAUUUUAAUUGCAUUAAUGAAAUGGAGAGGCCCGAAGACCCCGCAGCGCUGGAAGACCAGUCCCAGACACUGCAGGCACAGAGACAGUACGCGUGCGAAUUGUGUGGAAAGCCUUUUAAGCACCCAAGCAAUCUGGAGCUUCACAGACGGUCUCAUACAGGUGAGAAACCUUUUGAAUGUAACAUUUGUGGGAAACACUUCUCUCAGGCAGGUAACUUGCAGACUCACUUACGCCGGCACUCUGGUGAAAAACCAUACAUCUGCGAAAUCUGCGGAAAGAGGUUUGCAGCCUCUGGUGAUGUCCAGCGUCACAUUAUUAUUCACUCAGGAGAAAAGCCACACUUGUGUGACAUCUGUGGCCGAGGGUUCAGUAACUUCAGCAAUCUGAAGGAGCACAAGAAGACACACACGGCUGACAAAGUCUUUACCUGCGAUGAGUGCGGGAAGUCUUUCAAUAUGCAAAGGAAGCUGGUGAAGCACAGAGCUCGGCACACGGGCGAGCGGCCCCACAGCUGCUCUGCGUGUGGGAAGUGCUUCGGGGGUUCCGGGGACCUGCGCAGGCACGUGCGCUCUCACACCGGGGAGAAGCCGUACACAUGUGCGACCUGUAACAAGUGCUUCACGCGCUCCGCCGUGCUCCGGCGCCACAAGGAGAUGCACUGCAGAGCCCUGGCGGAGCUUGCCCAGGCUGCCGAGACCUCCGACCUGGGGAAGCCUCAGAGCUCAGAUUCCCUCGCCCAAGAUGUGUCUGUGACACUGAUGCCGGUGUCUGUCAAAUUCCCCGUCCACGCAGUGGGAGAGUCAGUGACAGAAUUUGACAGCCACUCUGGCGGCUCCUACUGUAAGUUCCGCUCCAUGAUUCAGCCUCAUGGAGCCGGCGACCAGGAGAAGCUUGGCUUGGAUCCUGCUAAACUUGCGAAGCCCCAGCCGCAGCAGGGGCAGCAUGAGGCGUACACUUACUCAGACGUGGACACCUCAGCCGGCGACGAGCCGCUGCAGGCUGACAAUAUGUCCAUGAUCCGCUCGUCUCUGGCCGCUUUGGACAAUCAGUGCGGCGACCCCCUGGGCGGCCGGGCGUCGGCCGCGGCAUACAGGAACUCCGAAGGGCAGUUUUUCUCCAGCAUGACUCUCUGGGGGCUGGCGAUGAAGACACUGCAGAAUGAAAACGAGCUGGAGCAGUGACGCCCUGCGCCGGCAGUCCUCCACGCCACACGCGUUGUCGGAGCUCAGCAGGCCUGUGGCAGCACUUCAGGAGAGCUGCUUCCCUGGGCCGGCGCUUUCUCACCAGCCUGAGAAGAGUCCGCUUCCCUCCUGGGGACGGCAGUCGUUGCUCAGGGUUUGGGAGCAAAGGCCUGCUGGCUCACCGUGGAGGCAGACGCAGGACUAGAAGGCUUGUGCCACAGAAGCCAGAGGCUUGAGAAACCAUCCCACUGACUUUAGCAAGCAUGGUAGAGAGCAGAUUUGCGGUCAGUUAUUGUACAUUUUGGUUAUGUUAAGAGGAAAGAAAAUAGAUAAUACAAAUACUAUUUUUGCAUUUUUACAUGGUUAAAAUUUGUAGCAUUUUGUAUUUUUAUUUACAAAGAUUUAUUUGUAUAUGAAACUCAUAAUUUAA